CGCCGUAAAGCGCGUUACUCGACGCUGGUUCGGGGAGACUUCGGGGUGGAGGAUUUGCGGGGUUGAACAUUCCUGAAGAAAGAGGGAAAGACGUGGUCAACGUGGGACAAUCUGACGAUCCACCACGUACUACGCAACGUGCAAUGCAACAAGGUAUCGUCCUGACGUUGUGGCUACGUCAACGUGCGGAUGGGAGAUACGGGACUCGAUGACGAUGCGCCGUGACGAGAUACGGCAGAGGUUAUGAGUGUACUUGUGGCUAAUCAUCCCGCCCUUGGAACACGAACGAUAAUCGCGAAGAAUACACAUCUCUGCUCAUUUAUCGGUGUUUCCGUGAAUAAAGACCAUUGCAAUUGAUGCUGCGUGCAUUUGUAAAAGAAUCGGAGGAGAGGAGAGCGGUCGGAAGAUAGCGGAAGUUUGCAGUGAGUGGUGUCGCUCGAACUUUUGUUUAUUUGAAGUGGUUCGAGUACCACGUGGCGCGUUCACGAAACGCCAUUUGGGAAAUUCUUUUACAGAAAACUUUCGGACAUAAACGGAAACGAUAACUUCUCCCGAAGUGUUUAUGUGCGUUGCGUGCGCUAAAAUCGCGACGCCAUUUUCGUUUGCUCGAGUGACGUGAGACUAGUCAUCGGGACGUGACUCUAGUGUGUUUCGUUGCCCCCCGACCCCCCGCUGGUCUACAUCGUGAUCGCGUGAGGUACGCAUCGUUUACGGGUUUCGAGCGAGUUGUGUGUACAUACAUAUAAAUGGCGUCGGACGAAAGAUGGUACUUCACGAAAGAGCAGUUAGCAAAUUCACCGAGCAGAAGAUGCGGCAUCGACGCGGACAAAGAGCUGAGUUAUCGGCAGCAGGCUGCAAAUUUCAUUCAAGAUAUGGGACAAAGACUAGUAGUGUCGCAACUGUGCAUCAACACGGCUAUAGUCUACAUGCACAGGUUCUAUGUGUUCCAUUCGCUAACGCAGUUCCACAGGAAUGCGAUUGCGGUCGCGGCACUUUUUUUAGCGGCAAAAGUGGAGGAACAGCCGCGAAAAUUAGAACAUGUCAUCAAAAUGGCAUACAUGUGCCUCCACAGAGAGCAAGCACCACCUGACAGCAGAUCAGAACAAUUUCUCGAACAAGCCCAAGAUCUAGUGUUCAAUGAGAAUGUCCUACUACAAACGUUAGGAUUUGAUGUGGCAAUAGAUCAUCCACAUACUCAUGUUGUUCGUUGUUGUCAACUAGUGAAAGCGAGCAAAGAUCUAGCGCAAACUUCAUACUUUAUGGCAUCUAAUAGCUUGCAUUUGACGACAAUGUGCUUACAAUAUAAACCGACAGUUGUAGCAUGUUUCUGUAUUCACCUUGCCUGCAGAUGGUCAAACUGGGAGAUACCUCAAAGUACUGAAGGAAGACAGUGGUUCUGGUAUGUCGAUAGAACCGUGACGUCGGGCCUUCUUCAGGAGCUCACUGAAGAAUUUUUGCACAUAUUCGACAAGUGCCCGUCGAGAUUAAAGAAAAAGAUCAUGAGCAUCUCGGCAAACCAGAGCCCAAGUAGUCACCCACCGAGUCUCUCAAAUUCUCCAUUCGAUGCCGAACCGCGUAAAGUAUCUCCGGCGACAAUGGACGGCGCUUCUACUUCCGGUUCUGCCGGCUCCAGCUCGAAUCUAGCCUCCUCUCUCUCUGCUGCGAUUGCUGCCUACUCCAAUCGCUCUCAUCACUCGCAGGAGAAGCAGGAUGAGAAGAAAUCCGGGGCUGGCAUGGGAUCAUCGACGUCGCGAGCGGCUGUCGAUUAUCGAGAGUAUCGCGAGAAGAAGGAGCGCGAACGUCUCGAGCGGGAAAAGGCGGCGGCGGCGAUCGGAUGCCACGUCGCCGAUCCCAGCAAAUCCCAUCACUCGCAUUUGCACAAGACCGCGUCGAGUGCGAGUGUGCCGAGCAAGCACCAGGUGCCGGUGCAAAAAGGGUCGAGCCUCCAUCACAAUCACUAUCAUCGACCCGACAUGAAGGUCGGCCAGCCGGUCCCGCAGAGGCACUCUACCAGCGGCCAGUCCAGAGAGCCUAGUCGCGAUCCGAGCAGACAACGAUUGUCACGGGAACAUGCGGCCGGUAUCGCUCACUCGUCGCACUCCCACGGCAAUCUGGACAGCUCCUCGUCCGAGUCUGCGUCCCACAGGACAAACGGCGGCGCCACGCAGGAUUCCACGUCGUCGCUGCACGGUAAUCUGCAGGAAAAAAUGAGUAACAACAAUUAUAGUGGGCACAGACUGAACGCGCUCGAUAAACACCAGACGCACGACAAGAGGAUGUACCGUGUCGAGGAUCCGCGACUCAAGUCCGCGAAAUAUCCGGACAUAAGCAAGAUCGAGAAUCAACGGCGAAAGGCGGAAACUCUGGAGCAGAGGUCCGAGGAGGUGCGGAAGCUGAUCGAGAAACCGUUGCCGCCACCGAAGCAGGCGGACGUGCCGUACCUGAUAAAUGCGCAAGCACAGAAGCAACAAGCGCAUCACUCCAAAUACAGCCAGCAGGACAAGUCGCAGAGCAGCUCGCUCGCGGUCGACGCGAAGCAUCUUGCGGCGACCGGUCAGAACGCACUCUCGCAGGAUAAAUCGCCGAGCGCGCUCGUGUCCGCGUCGUCGUCGCAGGUGCCACAGAAGUCACAGGCGCCAAAGACACAGAUGUACAAUCAACAUACCGCGCAGAAUGUAUCGCAGAUACUGAAGGACACUAUCAAGAACGGCAAUUCCCAGUCAUGCCUAAGCCUGAACAAUAUGGACGACCCGAAGCGAUCACGGACAGCCGCGUACGAGGACUCGAUCGAGAGAAAUUCCGUGGACGUUCAGCAGAUCUUGCACACGCCACCCAGCAAGCACAGAUCGCUCUUUAGCCCGGAAACGCCGACGACGAGGGAACCGCACACGCAGAGUGCAAGGCCUAAAUCGAAACAGAAGACGCCGCCUGUCGCAGCGGCGAAGAUAAAGGAGCGCGUGUCGCCAUUCGCGUCUUCUCCGACUUCUCAAGAUUCGUUAGCAACGAAGCGGCCGUCUUCCAACGACGGGCCGUCUUCCAAGAAGCUUCGCACAUCGAACAUCGGUGAAGGCGAGUCGUCGAUAAAAGUAAAACAGGAAAUAAAAAUGGAGGAUACGUCCAGCCUAGAGGCGAUGAAGAUGCUCGGUCGCGUGCCCGACCUGAUACAACCGAUACGCGACAAUCCACUGCUGCCGCCGAAUGGUAAAAACAGCAGCGCGUCGUCCAUCAUUAAUGACCUGAAGCCGCCGGAGCUCAUCAAACCGUUCGAGUCGGAUCCUCAUCGUUUUUACGCGAUGUCGCAGCAUAAACCUUUGUCGAUAAACAUGCAUAUGCUGUCCAACGGUAUGGAUCUUAACGUCCAAAUGAAGCAAGAGGCUGUGGAGCAUCGUGUGAAGAAAGAGUUACCGGAACAUUACGUUAAGAAGGAAUCGUUGGGGCAUAAGGCUCCGGAAACUUCGCUUCCCCACGUGCAGCCGAAAGUGGAGUACACGUCGCCGAUGAAGUCCGUGCAAAGUAUAAGCGCCUUGCUGCAAGAACCUCUCGCACCGAUGCCAUCGCUGUUGCAGGGCCUGCAGCAGCAUAAUCAAGUGUCUCUCGCUCAGCAAGUGCACCAGGAACAGUUGCAGCUGCAGCAAUCACUGCAGCAAUCCGUUCAUCAUCCUCUCAUGGAACAUCAGUUGCCGGUGGUGACUCAGUGCUUAUCCUUGCCGAUCGUGAGUGACAAUCCUAUACAAGUAGCAUCGACGGUCGACAUCAGUGCUCUCUCCUGCGUGCCAUUGACGCAGCAAGCCAGCGGCAACAGCGUGGUCGAAUCGGUGAGUUCGGUUGCCAUGCUGACGACAGUUCCCCCGACCGAGGAGAAGCGGUCGGAUCGCAAGAGCGAGAAGAAGAAGAAGAAGGAGAAGCACAAGCAUAAAGACAAGGAAAAGAGCAAGGAGAAGCACAAGCACAAGCACAAGGACAAAGAUAAGGAGAGGCAUCGCGAAAAGAAAGACAAGGAAAGGAAUGAAGACACACCAACAGCGGCACCUAUCAAGAUCACGAUCCCUAAGGACAAGCUGAAUCUGAGCACGGAAUCAUCGCCGACUGUGAUCGGCGCAGGCAUGUCGGACAAGAACAUAUCACCCCAGAGCACGGUUCUGAAAAUAAAGAUUCCGAAGGAGCGGCUUAAGGUCGCCGAUAAUGUGCCCGUUUCGUCGCCCGUGCAGCCACCGGUGGUGCAGGGCCCGCUGAAGAUCAAGAUACGCACCGACGGUAUCUCGAGAAGUUCCACGGCGCCCGCGCCGUCGUCGAUGCUGUCAUCGUCAUUGACGUCGUCGGCCAAUGGCUCGAGCGGGACCGCACACUACGUGCCGUCCUCCUCCGAGUCUUUGUUCGCGAACGAAACAGGGAGUCGGAAGCGAGUCGAGGCGAUUGGCGACAGCAGCGGCGGUCCGCUCGCGAAGAAGCAGACGCUGAUGAUGCCCGCGACCGGCUACGGCCAGGGCCACCGACCCGGAGAACGGCAGAACGGGAGACAUUAUAACACCGGCAGCAGUAAUAAGGUACGUGGUAGAGGCGGCCGUCAGCAUCACGGCGGUCGUGGUCCACCACCGCAUCACGCAACAGCUGCCGGUCAGCGCGGUAGUGCCGGCGGCGGUCACUACCAGCGAGACGGUUAUGGUAACGGCCGCGGCGGCCGGAACCAUCAUCAAGCUCCCUAUCACCCCCACCAGCCCCACCAUCCCCCGGCCGUGCGCGGCGACGUCGGUGGGUACGUGAGGGGUCCCGGCCGCGUCGAGCAAACCGCGGAACCGUAUUUUUACGCUAACUAUCCACCGUCGAUGUUCAACACGCCCGCCGGGUACAUGUACGAUUCCGCCUAUCAGCAGUACUAUCAGCAGCAGUUUCAACAGCAAUCUCAGGGCUACUCGAUGUACCCGGCGGGCAACGGCCUGAUGAUUACGCCGGACGGCGCCGUCAACACGUCGAUGCCACCGCCGCCGCCGUCGUCGUCGUCGUCGUCGGUGGCGGCGGCGGCGGCGGCGGCGUUGCUCCCGAAUCACCCCUAUUCGAAUCGGAAUAUGAUGCCUCAUCAAUCGGCCACGUCCGUUCGGCGGGAGGAUCUGCAAUCGUUGCCCCAACCGCCGCUUGCACCACCCCCCUCGCCUCCUCCCUUGCCGAACGGACCGCCACCUCCGCCUCCCCCGCCUCCUCCCUCGAUGCCCGAGUAAGGCGUUUCUCGUUUGUAUCGUUCGGCAGCGGUACUUUACGUGUUGGACCUAGUUAGUAUCUUCUACGGUCUCUCGUAAUUCGAAGAUUUGCUCAUAGAUUUUGAAUCGUUGAUUGUCAAAUAUGAGAGUUGCAUCUUUUUUUUUUUAUAUAUAUAUAUGUAUAUAUGUAUAAUCUUGACUGUAAAAUAGUUUUCUUUGUGUACAUAUUAUCUUCUUUAUGUAUAUAUUUUGUAUCAAUCAUCCGGUGAAGAGGAACAUGUUCAUUUUUAAAUUCCUCGUUGUCAUUUAAUUAAUAAUUAAUAUUAAUUACGCUUUAAGCUUGAUUCUACAUAACUUUUUUUUCUCUCAGAUUGAAUACAGAGUUUAUAUGAGAUGAAGAGCAAACGAAAGACCGCGUACGUAGCUGAACGAUACUUUCUUUUCCCUUUACAUCCCUCUUUUUUUUUUUUU